AUGAACAGGUCCCCACACUGAAUUCCUGAACACCCCCAGAACUCCCAGCGGACCCCCGAAGAAUGUCAUCCCUCACCCUGGAACGAUCCUUUGUGUCACGGGAGAGCACGGCGUCCGGAUCCAGAGGCGCCCGCACAACGUCUCAGCGCUCGGCUCAGAGGUCCAUAGUGAGCUCCGCUAAGUCCGGCCCAGACACAAAGUCCAUCCUUUCAGCUCAGGCCAAGAAGAAGAAGAAUGAAGCAAACCCCUUCAAGAUCUCCCCAGAUGCCGACUUCUUCCUCCUCCGAGACCAGGAGAGGGAGAAGCAGGAAAAGGAAAAGGAAAUGAAACAAAAUCUGAAAGUCCAUCAAAAGGGCACAUACAGCACAAAGAUGAACGCGAAGAUGGCCAGGCUGCGCAAAGAGAUCGAAGCGGAGGAGAUGGAAGAAGCGGCAGAGGACGAAGAGAAGGCUAUGGCCGUACUGGACAAUGCGUCCUGGAAGCUGGAGGUGACCAAAGACCGACAGGUCCCGAGGGAAAGUCUCCAUGAAUUCAUUGAUAAGAAGAAGGAGAUGUUCCUCUUGCAGUACUCCCUGACAGUGAAGCGGGACGAGAUCCAGAAGCUGGAGGCCAUGGCUGCCGCCGAGGAGUUGAAGCUCGAGAAGGCCGAGCAGUUCCUGGAGGAAGACGCUGUACGGUUCGAUGAGUUCCUGAAACAAAAUGACAGGAACUCGGUGGAGGCCUUAAAACAAGCCGACAAGGAAACCAAACUAAAGAUGGAGCAAGUGGCCCAAAUCAAGAGUCACACUGCCCAAAUGAUGAACAUCAAGAGUGACAUUUCAAAGUGUGAGGAGACCCUAAGAGAGUAUCUGAUGUACAAAGAAUUCCUCUUCCGCCUGUCUCCCAAAGAGUGGAAGGAGGAGGUGUUGAAGAAGAAGGCAGGGAAGAUGAAAUCUCCCCCUCUCACCUUCAAGGAAAAGGAGAAACAGGUCCCGGAGACCAAAGUAUCCCCUUCCCCAAUCCCGGGGAAGAAAGCCGAGAGCCGUUCCUCCGGCCAGAUCAGCCAGAGCCGUGAUUCCACCCGCGAUCUCCAAAAUCCGUCAUCUAGGCAGAGCCUGAAAACAGCCGGAUCCAACAAAUUGAGUAGUGCAACCAACCAGACAGAAGAUAAAAGUGUCUCGGAAAGCCUCGUAUCCUCGGACAGUGAAGAGGAACCCGAGCUGUACUUCACUGACCCCCAGCAGCUCCUGGACAUCUUCUCCGAGCUGGAGGAACAGAAUCUUUCUUUAAUCCAGAACUCACAAGAGACGGAGGAAGCUUUGGAGGAAAUCAAACACACAGCCGCCACCACCGAGAAGAAAAUGCAAAGGGAGACGCAACAGCUAAAGGACCUAAUUGCGCAUCUGAAGGCUUCCAUUGCACAGGAGGAGGAGAGAGCCACGGACCUCGAGCUCAAGUCCCGCGUGUUUACCUUUGGACAGAACAAACCCGAGGAUCAGGACAAGAUGUUGUCGUCUCUGAGCUCCAAAGUGGAGGACGUUUACAGAGCUUGCAUCGGGGAGAACCGCGCUAAUCUCAGCGCUCUGCAGAUGUUAAUGGUGAUCGAGCACCAACUGGAGGAACUGCUGGACAACAUCGAGGUCAUACCGAAGGAUCAGACAUUGAGAGAGGAAAAGAUUAAACAGCAGAAGCUGCACCAGGAGGACAGGCUGCGGCGGGCCCUGGAGAGAGCACAAGCCGACCCCAAGAAGACAACCGGCAGAAAACUGAUGACGCGCUCUGACCCUCCGACGCUGAAGCUCAGAACAGACAAAGACCAAGACAAAAUCGACAAGGAGAAGGAGGAAACCAUGUUGUUCUUCACCUAGGAUCCUGCAACCUGCCGGCUGUACUGAGAGCUGAUCACAUUUCUGGGUGAACUGAUCUCGGCUCGGCUGAAAGUCAAA